GUAUGUGUAGCGCACCGGUAAACCCUGAACUCACCACAGCAGACAUCAGUAAACAACAGUGAACAUUUUGAGCAACAGCUGAAACAGGGGGUUCACUGCUCCAGUCUGCCUCCUGCUGUAAUUGAUCGGGACUAUAACGCAUCAUUAUCCUUAUCUGCAUGAAUCCAUCAUGUUUUCCAACGAGGCUGUGUUCAGUUUGAAUCAUCCUUUCAACUCACUGAGGCAGUUUUACGCACCAUGUGACAACAAAUUGGAUACAAUCACAUUAUAUAUUAAUAUAUUUUUCAUUCCCAUCAACUAUUGACACAAUAUUUCUCACUAACUAAGUACAAAAGCUUAUUGCUGAUGCAGUUGUUACUAUGGAUAUGUGCCAUGACAAAGUGCUGAUAGGCUGAGGUUCAGGAGUGAUACAGCCAUCGUUCGAUAGGGGGCGUCACGUGAGGACGAUGAGUAUAUAAACCUGGCUGUUUGCAGACAACAGCUCACUGAGCUGAUCCAGAGAUCAUCAGAAGUCUGAAGUUGAAUGGUGCUGCACAGAGACAGGAGAGAUAAGUGAUCAGUGAUCGUUCAUCCCGAGCGUGAGUCACUUCCAGCUUUCUUUCUUCCCUGGAACUCUCUCUCUACACUUCUCUCCUCUGGUUCUGCCUUUACUUUCUCCUCUUCAACCAUGGCGCCGACCCUGGCUUCAGCGUUUGCCCGGCGCUGGUGGAUGGCAGUGACUGCCAUCAUUGAGAAUCUGCUCUUCUCUGCCGUGCUGCUGGGAUGGGGAUCGCUCCUCAUCAUGCUCAAGUCAGAGGGCUUCUACUCGUACCUCUGUAACGAGGAAGGAAACUCCAGUUCCAGCUACAAUCUGUCCCAACCCCUGGAAUCUCCGGUAUCAGAUGAGUACGCUGAGUACUACGAGAGCGAGGGUGGCGUGGUUGGUCUGGGAGACGGCGUGGAGAUGAGGCCCCUGGUUCCCAUGGCCGGGCCCCUGAGGAUGAACGGCUGGCUGAUUUGUAAAGAACAGGAUGAGAUGCUGAACCUGGCAUUCACAGUGGGCUCCUUCCUGCUUUCAGCCAUCACGCUGCCACUUGGGAUUGUGAUGGAUAAAUAUGGGCCUCGCAAGCUCCGGUUGCUUGGAAGCACUUGUUUCGGAUUGUCCUGUCUAAUGAUCGCUUAUGGGGCCUACAAACCAAACGAACUCUCUGUCCUUAUCUUCAUCGCCCUGACUUUCAACGGCUUUGGAGGCAUGUGCAUGACCUUCACCUCCCUCACACUCCCAAGCAUGUUUGGUGACCUUCGCUCCACUUUCAUCGCCCUGAUGAUCGGUUCAUAUGCCUCCUCUGCUGUCACCUUCCCUGGUGUAAAGGUGAUUUAUGACUUGGGCAUUCCCUUCAUCACUAUCCUGGUGGUGUGGGCCUCCUGUGCUGGACUUGUCUUCGCGAACUGCUACUUCAACUGGCCCCUGGAACCUUUCCCAGGACCUGACGAUAUGGACUACACUGUGAAGGUCAAGUUCAGCUGGCUAGGCUUCGACCAUAAAAUCACAGGAAAGCAGUUCUACCGCCAAGUGACCACAGUGGGCCGCCGUCUCAGCGUAGGCAACAGCCUGAAGCAGAAGGAGCUGGCUACCAAGGAGGGACACAAGCUCUGCCUGUCCACCAUGGACCUGGAGAUGGAGUGCAAGCCACAGAAUGAGGCCCCGUCAUUCUUGAAAACAAUCACCACCCCCAUGUUCCUGCUCAGUCUGGUCACCAUGUCCAUCACUCAGCUUCGUCUCCUGUUCUACAUGGGGGCCAUGAACAACGUCCUUGAGGCACUGACUGAUGGAGACCUCAAGACAGUGAGUCUGUACUCCUCCAUCUUUGGCGUGCUGCAGCUGCUCUGCCUGAUGACCACUCCUGUGAUCGGUCAGAUCAUGGACUGGAAGCUGAAGGAAUGCGAUGAUGAAGACGAGGAGAAAGAGCCCUGCAACAAGGGGGAGCCAAAGAAAAAUCGCAGAGACAAAAAGACCCAGAAGGUGACCAAUGCCCUGCGAGCCUUCCUCCUCACAAACAUCCUUUUAGUGGGUUUUGGAAUCACCUCCCUGAUACCAAAUCUCCCCUUGCAGAUUUUGUCCUUCCUCUUACACACUGUGGUGAGAGGAUUCGUCCACUCUGCUGUUGGCGGCCUCUAUGCUGCUGUGUUUCCAUCCUCUCAGUUUGGCAGUCUCACAGGCAUGCAGUCUCUGGUCUCUGCUGUGUUUGCCCUCCUGCAGCAGCCCCUGUUCCUGGCUAUGAUGGGACCCCUGGAAGGAGACCCGCUCUGGGUCAAUGUUGGACUCCUGGUUCUUAGCAUGUUGGGCUUCCUGCUGCCUCUCUACCUGAUCUGCUACAGACAGACGCUCUACAAGCAGCAGCGAGAGAGGGAGGACGACGCUAAGAUCUACAUCAAAGUCAACGGCACAGAUAUCCCUGAGGCCUACGUGUAGAGGACUGCAGAGGAACAGAGAACUGACGAUGAGGACAGAUUUUACUCUGAAACAUUCAGUAAAAUCUUCAAACAGACGGAUUAUUGGAGUCUUAGCUUUUGAGAAUUUCACACAUACACAUAUUGAUUAACGUCAUAGGUCUCUAUUGAGUUCACACGCACACAGACAGACUGUCACCUCAUUUCCCCAAAUCCCACCAAGAGAAACUGCAAGUUCGUUAAGGAGGGAAGUGAAACAUGGAAGAGAAAAAGAGAACGAGAGAGAGGAAAGACUGUGAAAGGAACGAGGCUUCAGUCCUCUGUAUUCCCCCCAAAUCCUCUGACUUCUCUUUUUAUUCCCUGAGCACAUAAGUGCAGCUGCCUCCAACACAAGACUGCUUUAACAUCCUUAAAAUGAGCAGAAGAAGAAAAAAGAGACCACAGUAUUUGUUCAACCAACCUCUCUUUCACCAGUGAGCGGUUCCAUUGUAUGAGUUUUGGUUUUUUUCUCUGAUGUAUUGACUUUUAUCAUCUUGAGUGUAAAUCCCACUACAUGGUGCUGCCUACCAGUCUACCAGCUGUUUGGUAGACAGUGUAAGGUAAGUGUGAACGAAAUGGCAUUAAUGAGCGACAGAGUGAGGAGCCUGAUGAUUCUUGGCUGAGUCGCAAAGACAGUCAUGAUUAAUUAUGGGCCUGGAUUUUUUUAUUUUGAAAGGCUGAAGUCUUAUUACGGUAAAAAUGAUUGUAGCGUAGAUCUUAGAGUAGUAUUUGAUGAAUGUUUUUUUCUGUCAAAGGACUUCAAGCAAACUGCUGUAAGCAAAAUGUUAAUGUGUGUUUAGAGUAUUUAUUUUAUUCACUCUCUUUUUAUACUUUCACCGAGGGUGCCUUUUGAAUAUAACCUUAUAGACAGGACAAGGUUUCUCAUUUCUUUUUAUUCACUUUUCAUCCGCAAUAACAUUCUUCUUUUUGUGUCUUUUUUUUUUUGGAUACACUUGUCCUCUGUUGAAAAGUGUUGAUCAUUGUGGCGCCUUGGCUUAUAUUAGUUUUUUUGUUCAGUCUUUCUACCUUCUGUUUCAGCACUUUCAUCUCUGUUAACCUCUCUGUACAUGUCACACGCCACUCAUCAGCUUUCUUUCAGCACUUCUCUCCUGAUGCCUGUGUAGAAAAACAGUCCCACUACAUGCAUUUUUUAAAAUGUCAUUCAUUAUGAAUUUCAUCAUGUUUUUGAAACUAUGCUGCGCUGACUACAUGUGUAAGAUUAUGUUGUUGGCGUGGAGCUCUUUGUUGUAUCACUGAAGAUGAUAUCGAGAUGUGUUGUUUUUGAGGCAUUCCUGUUUGAAUAAAGCAGAUUUUUUGGGGUUAAUAAAGAUGAGUUGAUCUCUAUCAA